UGCAGACGCUCUUUCGGUCCUCUCCUCUCAGCCUGGAAGGCGAGAGACGCACCCCGUCUGAAGCAACGCGAAUAGGUCGCAAACAGGCGGAACUCGUUUACACAAACCCACCGGGAAAAAAAAAAAAAGAAAUCCAUAAAUAAGACGAAAGAGAACGAAUAUUUAGAAUUGGAUUAAGUUGGCGGAAUACAACUUGUAGAUCAUCAUAUUUUGAAAAAUAUUUUUCUCUCAAAGUCACUGGAGGUUUUGAGAUCAUGAGGAUUUUCAGUGUUGUGCUCCUGCUGGUUCACGCCUUGGUUGUGUCCAGACUGGCCAGUGGUGCUGCAGUUGACAGGUAUGGGAGCGACAGGCAACGACACAUUGUCAACUUUUUGGGCACAACCAAAGACAAAAGGGUCGAGGACGAGAGCAGAAGCAUGGGUGCAACAACAGCGGUGUAUGGUCAGGGAGGUGAGGAGGAGGAGGACAGUGAAUACUACUACUACGAAGAGGACUAUGAAGAUGGCAUCUCUGGAGACUAUGAAAUAGAACUGCCACGAGUUGCUAUGUCAAGCAAGCCCAAAAACCCGUCUGUCAUCCUGGAGGCUGAAAACGCUGAAGGAAAGAGAAGGAGAGGAAACGGAAGAAAGAAAGGGAAAGGAAAGGGAAAGAAGAGGAAUCCUUGCCUGAAGAAGUAUAAGGAUUUUUGCAUUCACGGCACCUGUCAGUACCUGAGGGAUAUUCGCGCGCCAUCCUGCGUGUGCCACCCUAAUUACUCAGGUGAAAGAUGUGAGUUUAUCACACUGCCCGUGCAGUCGCCUGAGGGCUACAGCCGCACCACAGCUCUGGCUGUGGUGGCGGUGGUGCUGUCAUCUGUCUGCCUCACUAUCAUAGCCCUUUUAUUAAUGCUCAGGUUUCACAAGCGGGGAGGGUAUGAUGUAGAGAAUGAAGAGAAGGUCAAAUUAGGGUUAGCGUCCAGCCACUGAAGAGACAAAGUGGGGCAAAGAUGUGGAAAUUCUACCUCAAAAUAGAAAAAGAGAAGUGAACCGCAAAAAGAGGUCCUAGAGGAAAAAGGAACGUACAUGAAGAAGGGAACAGAGGCUGUCUGACCCUCCACUGGACAGUCAGAUGAAAACUGGGCAGCUGUAUUCCUGAAGGCCUUCGGUAGAAGAUGGCCCAUCUGAAACUGGAAUACUAAGUGUCCCAGAGGACUGACUGGAGAUGUGACGAGCGUUUGGUGAUAUGCACAAAGUAAUGAGAAGAACUAGGGAAGUGUCUGCUGCUUCAUGACUGUGUGAAAAGCAAAGUCAUUACAGACUGAACUGAACAAGAUACAAUUUUGAUCAACAAUGAGAGCUCAACCUGGAUUUUUUUUUUCUCAUCAGACAUAAUUUUGUAUUUUUCUUCAUAAGUCCAUCUUUUUUGUGUACAGUAAACAGUAUAUUUAUAACUCUAAUUUAUUUAUUUAAGCUAACUAUAUUUAUAGAGAUUUUUAACCACCUCCAGCCAUUUUUAAAAUAUGAUGUUACAGUUGUUUUUUUGUAUUUCUUAUUGGACGAUACUUAUUUAUGGAACGGAAAAGCAAACGACGCCAAAGUUCACUGAGACACAAAGUAUUUCACGAUAAGAGAAAUGAUGAAUAAAUACCUGAUUUCUGACUUUAAUUUUGACAUUCAGUAGAUGAUCAAUUAGCACUGAAGUUAAAUUGAUCAUUGAAUAGACAUGAUCUUUGUUUUUUUUUUUAAAUAAUUCAUGGUGGUUUCGUUGAGAGCGGUGUGAUUCAGGAACACCCUGCUCACAUGCACACAGUUACACACACACACACACACACACACACACAGCUGGAGGCUGCUCAGUAUAACCUGUUGGAUGUGUCAGCCACUGUAGCAGAUGGGGGAUCAGGGCCUUGCUCAAGGGAACAUCAACAAUGGUAAUUGGGGAGGGGGUAAACCCUGCUCUGUCACUUUCCCCACCCAACUCUAUCCUGCAGGUUUGGAGAACUUUAGGCCACAUUAGGCUUAGUUUUCUGCCUCUAUGUUGUAAUGACAGGUCAAUGCAUGUCAUUAUGAUACAGUGCACUGGCUAUGGAUUGAUAAUAGGCAACACAAAAUAUGUGCAUGCAGCGUCUGUAUUGAAACUUUUAAAAGGGAGUCAAAUGUCAAAUGCACUAUAGCAAGAAUGUGGUAUAAAUAUGCUGUAUUGUCCUGUUGUCUUAUCAUUGUAGGAGAGGCUCCCUCAGAUCUGAGUUAAGCUGUUAAGUGAAACAAAAAAAGGGGGAAUUCAAGUGUUCCACUUUUUCAAAUCCUGUCCUGCAGUUUUGAAAUGACUGUUUUUCAUGUCAUUUUUUUCACUGCAAAAUAAAAAGAUCAUCUGAA